UUGCACUGGCUAAGUUGUCACAAAUUCCCAAUAACAAUAUAAAUUACUUAACUUACAAUAGUUAUACACGAAGAAUAUCAGGAUGUGCGAAGUGGUCCUGCCGUGCGAGUACAAUCCGUUGGCCUGUCCUCCUUCGCCAGAGAAAAGCCGUCUGUUCACGAUCCUGCUCCUCUACUGUUGGCAGCGGGAGUACGACGAGCGACCCUAUCGACAGUUCCAGUUCAAGCGACUCCAGUUCGAGGAGCGGAUCGGUCGGAAGUAUCACUGCAUUCGCGACUUCCGGAUCAUAGUCAACUAUCUUCUGCGGCGUCCUCAAUUGUCCGUGAAAAUGUCCAGCCUGAAUGUUAGCAACUGGGAUGCGGGUCUGCUAAAGGACUUUGCCCGCUCCCUGAUCCCAGUUUGGUAUAUUGACCUCAAUUUGAUGCACUUUCCCCACGAGUUCUUCGUCAUGCUACGUCUCAAUGCGAAUAAGAUGAAUGUCAGUCAGCUGAGUUUGGAGGGAACGCCCCUUACCGACGACGAUGUGCGUAUCCUGCGGGAAUUCCUCCUGAUCAGCAGGACCCUGCGCCGGCUGAACGUGUCCCACUGCAGUCUGACCCAGUACAACUUCGCCUUGAUCGCCGACGGAGUGCACAAGUCGCUGGGAUUGCGGAGCCUGAAGGCCGGAAGGAUCCUGGGAAUGAGUCUCAGCCUGGACACGGAGAAGAUUGCCUCCGUGCUGGGUUCGCUGCUGAUGCAGAACACCCUCUGGAGUCUGUCCUUGGAACACUGCGAGUUGACUGCCCAGGACAUGAUUCCCAUUGCCGAGUACCUGGCUCUGCCCACAUCGACAUUCCGUCGUCUGCGCAUCGCUUGCAACAAGAUCGGUCCGGAUGGAGCCUUCUUCCUGCUGCGCGGCAUGUCCAUGGGUGGGCUGCUGGAACUGCUGGACAUUAGCUACUGCUCCAUUGGCACCCACGGUGGCGAGUGGGUGGCCAAGUACCUCACCUCGUGCCGCCAGCUGCGAACGCUGCACUUGAACAACAACGAAAUGGAACCGGAUGCAGUGAACCUCAUCCUGCUGGCCAUGAAGAAGCGCUGCAAGCUGGACCGCCUGACAUUGUAUGGCAACCAGUUUGACUCGCGUACCGCCAUGAUAGUGCGCCGUUUGCUGGACGCCGAGGUGGUGCUGCACUCGGAGUUGGACAUCAGCUACACCUACGACGAGGCUCUCGAGGAUUACAGGGUGGUGCCUUGGAGAUAGGAGGUGGAUGUGAAGUUGUUAUUUCCGGUUGCCCAUGCAUAAAUAAAUUAAAAACUCAGCUUUCGGCACAACAA